AUGGCCAUGGCCGAGGCGGGGUCGCCGGGGCCGCAGGGGGACGGCUGGGCCCUGCCGCCGGCUGGGAGAGCUGCCGGCCCGCAGGACGGCGCCGAGCACGCGGAGGGAGCUGUGCACCAGGAAGAUGCUGAGAGUGACUGGAGUGCUGACUCCUGUAGUGAUUAUGGCAGUCGUGGCAACGUGGUGACUGCCUUGGGAAGGGCUGUGCCAGAUGGGAACGUGCUUCUUCCAGAUAUUUUUCACACUGAUCAUCUUUUCUUUUACGAGCGGUUCAGUGCUUACCAGGAUUACAUCUUGGCUGACUGCAAAGCUUCUGAGGUGAAGCAAUUCAUAGCUGACUACCUGGAGAAGGUCCUGGAGCCAUCUGGCUGGCAGGCAAUCUGGCGCACUGAUGUGUUUCAGGUUGUUGUUGGGGUUGUUGAUGUGGAUUACUCGUCUCUGAAAGCAGUUGUGCAGCUCAGUGAUCCUUUCCUGUGUGAGUCACGGGACAGCAGCUUUACCUUGGAGUGCAUGCAGGAACUCCUGGAGCUGAAGCAAUAUCAGAUCCUACUGCAGGAGCUGUGGGUUGUGUAUGAUGAGUCAGGAGAGUUUGACCAGACAGCACUGGCUGUAGAGCAUGUCAGUUUGCUUUGUCUUUUGCAGUUUCACAGUGACCCACUGACAGCUGUAAGUGCCUGUUAUGAAGGAGACACAGUCAUCAUCUUUCCCGGGCAUUACGUUGUGGAUGGCGUGUUCUGCAUCGCUGACUCAGUUGAACUAGAAGGCUUUGGGCUGCCAGAUGAUAUUGUGAUAGAAAACCAGGGCAAAGGAGACAACUUUUUUGACUGCACAGGAGCCAAUGUGAGGAUCUCCAGUUUGAAGCUGGUGCAACAUGAUGCUGUGGAGGGGAUUUUAAAUAUCCAUCAUGGGAAAACCACCCUGGAGAACUGUGUGUUACAGUGUGAAACCACAGGCAUCACAGUGCGGAUGUCAGCGGAGCUGGUGAUGAAGAACUCUGACCUCUAUGGGGCCAAGGGAGCUGGUGUGGAAAUAUAUCCAGGGAGUAUGUGCACCCUGCUCCACAACGGGAUACACCACUGCAAGGAGGGAAUACUCAUCAAGAGCUUCUUAGAUGAGCACUAUGAUGUUCCCAAGAUAACCAUGGUUAACAAUGUGAUCCAUAAUAAUGAAGGUUAUGGUGUGGUCCUGGUUAAACCAGGACCCUCUGAGGUAAAGGAUGCUUCAGCACAGCCAACAAAAGGGAAUACACAACCUACCCAGUCAGGUGAUGAGACACAACCUACCCAGUGUGUGGAGGAGGUCAGGCAAGAACAACAACCAGAGUGUGUGACUGAUGAGUUGGAGCGUUAUGAGCGAGCUGAGACUUCUGGGCAAACUGAAGGCAACUGUGAAAUUGCCAAUGAACUUGGGGCUACUGCUGCAAAGAAGAGCAAGAUGCACAAGAAAAGACUGAGUGAACUGGGAAUUACAGAAGCUGAUGAAAACUUCAUGUCACAGGAUAUGUUCAUCUCUGUUGAGGGCAAUCAGUUCAAAUGGAAUGGGAAAGGAAGUUUUGGUACCUUUGUUUUCUGAGUGUCUCUUGCAGUAGACAAUUUUUACAGUUAUUGAUUAGAUCACAUGCUUGUGUUGUGUUUUGAUGUGCAUUUAUUUCCCAAGUGUAAUCCUUAUUAAAGAACUGGGGCUAAAAACU